AUGAAGCUCGUGCCGGUGGAACCAAGCGAGGUCGACGUUCGUCACUCCCAGAGCAUCAUUGGCAGUCUGCUGUAUCUCGCAGUGACGCCGCGUCCGACAUCAGCUCGCCACGUCCGUGCUCUCAAGAUUUUAUCCAGCAACCCGGCAAGCAGCACCUACACGCGGCCAGACAUGUCUGCAAGUACCUACGGGGCACGGCGGCUCUGGCAAUCAAACGCAAGUCACAUGUCUGACCCCUACACGUCGAAAGGGCAUGGAGGCCACCUGUUCACCAUCGCCGGUGGCCCUGUGACAUGGCUGUCCAAGAGGCUGCCUCUCGUCACAACAUCAUCGGCGGAGACAGAGUACGUCGCCGCUGCGCGCGCAGCACAGGCUGCGGUGUACCUGCGACAGCUCCUCCAGGAGCUGGGCUUCGACGUCGGCACCACACCACUCCACAUGGACAGCCAGUCUGCCAUGUGCAUUGCUACCAAUCCCGUGGCCAAGGGCGGCUCAAAACACAUACGGCUGCGUUAUCACCUUCUGCGCGAGCUCAUUGGCGAAGGCGUCGUCAAGGCAAUCUACGUCCAGCCACCGGCCGUCGACGGCAUCUUCUCGCCGAAUACGGUGCAGCGCCUCAAGCGUGGGCUGUAUGGGCUGAAGCAGAGCCCGCGCCUGUGGAACCACACGCUGGACGCCUGGAUGCGCGAGCAGGACUUCGUCGCCACAGCCACGGACGCCUGCAUCUACCGCCGCACCUGCAAGGGUGGCAAAGUGAUGUGGGUUGCCGUCUACGUGGACGACCUCCUCAUCUUCGCCGACAGCGACAGCGACAUGGCCGCGUUCAAGAAGGCCAUCUCCAAGCGCUUCAAGAUGAAGGACCUGGGCAGCCCAGACAUAUGUCUCGGCAUCAAGGUGCAGCACGACCGCAAGGCCAGGACCGUCACCAUGAGCCAGGAGCACUACCUGCGCAACGUGCUGGAGACCUUCGGCAUGGUUGACUGCAAGCCGUUCGGCACGCCGCUCUGCACGGGCUACGUCGACAGGCCAGCCGACAAAGGAGGAGCCACUCCCGGAUGUGCCGUUCCGCGAGCUGCUUGGCUCCCUCCUUAUGCUGCGACGAUGACGCUCAAGACAUCUCGGCGGCUGUCUCCAUGCUGUCUCGCCGCAUGCAGCAUUUUGGCAUGGAACACUGGAAGGCUGCCAAGCACCUUCUUCGCUACAUCAAGGGCACCUUGUCCUACACCAUCAACAGCGGCAGCACUGCCGACGGCGUGCUCUCAGCGUACUCGGAUGCGUCGUUCGCCUCCGACGUUUGACACGCGACGUUCCCGCACGGGCUUCGUCGUCUUCUGUUCCACGGGCCCCGUGUCCUGGAACUCCAAGCUGCAGGCCACCGUGGCCACAGCCUCCGCCGACGCGGAGUACAUGGCUCUCGCAGCCACCGCACAGGAACUCAUGUUCCUUCGCCAACUCCAGGAGGAGCUCACCGGCGCCGCCCUGUGCGAGCCCACGCUCGUGCACACGGACAACCAGCCGGCGCAGCGCGUUGCCGAACACGCCGCCUCGCGUAUGCGGCACAUCCUCGUCAAGUACCACUACAUCCGCGAGUGCGUCGACACCAAGAGGAUUGUGCUGAGCUACCUCGCCACGGAGCACAUGAUCGCAGAUCUCCUCACGAAGAUCCUCCCUCGGCCCAAGACGGCUCAGUUCUGCACGAUGCUGUUCGACCAGCGUCCUCUGCCAGGCUGCCAGCCACGGGCCCGUCCUCAUUCGGGCCGGUCGCCACGUCCUUCGACUCCGCGUCAGGACCUCUGA